AUGGCGACUGGACUGUACGUCUGCAACACAGAGCCAAAACCAACGUAAUCUGGGUCGCUGUACUGACCACAUGGUAUAAUGCUGCCAUGCAUUAAAUUGCACAUGCUAUAUGUAUUCUCUGUAUAUUUCAGACCAUUCACAAUGUGCCAGCCCAGCCAUUUCUUAGAAUACGUAUUGUCUGGCACAAGAAGUGUUAAUGGCCACAGAUUGACCCACGCCUUGUGAUCAGCUGUUCUGACUCCCAUUCAGCCACGUGUACAAGGUCAGGAGAUGUGAGGGAAUCCAGCCGACAUUUGACCUUGUACACGAAGGGUCAGAGACAGGGGAGACUACGGAGCAGCUGUCCUUUGAGAUACCGCCCCUUCCCCCUCUAUUAUACAUGGCAGAUACACUAUACGGAGGGAGCGAUCCCACUGUAUCUGUUACACUAUACGGAGGGAGUGAUCCCAUUGUAUCUGUUACACUAUACGGAGGGGGCGAUCCCAUUGUAUCUGUUACACUAUACGGAGGGAGCGAUCCCAUUGUAUCUGUUACACUAUACGGAGGGAGCGAUCCCACUGUAUCUGUUACACUAUACGGAGGGAGUGAUCCCAUUGUAUCUGUUACACUAUACGGAGGGAGCGAUCCCAUUGUAUCUGUUACACUAUACGGAGGGAGCGAUCCCAUUGUUUCUGUUACACUAUACGGAGGGAGCGAUCCCAUUGUAUCUGUUACACUAUACGGAGGGGGCGAUCCCAUUGUAUCUGUUACACUAUACGGAGGGAGCGAUCCCAUUGUAUCUGUUACACUAUACGGAGGGAGCGAUCCCAUUGUAUCUGUUACACUAUACGGAGGGAGCGAUCCCAUUGUAUCUGUUACACUAUACGGAGGGAGCGAUCCCAUUGUAUCUGUUACACUAUACGGAGGGAGCGAUCCCAUUGUAUCUGUUACACUAUACGGAGGGGGCGAUCCCAUUGUAUCUGUUACACUAUACGGAGGGAGCGAUCCCAUUGUAUCUGUUACACUAUACGGAGGGAGCGAUCCCAUUGUAUCUGUUACACUAUACGGAGGGGGCGAUCCCAUUGUAUCUGUUACACUAUACGGAGGGAGCGAUCCCAUUGUAUCUGUUACACUAUACGGAGGGAGCGAUCCCAUUGUAUCUGUUACACUAUACGGAGGGGGCGAUCCCAUUGUAUCUGUAACACUAUACGGAGGGAGCGAUCCCAUUGUAUCUGUUACACUAUACGGAGGGAGCGAUCCCAUUGUAUCUGUUACACUAUACGGAGGGAGCGAUCCCAUUGUAUCUGUUACACUAUACGGAGGGAGCGAUCCCAUUGUAUCUGUUACACUAUACGGAGGGAGCGAUCCCAUUGUAUCUGUUACACUAUACGGAGGGAGCGAUCCCAUUGUAUCUGUUACACUAUACGGAGGGAGCGAUCCCAUUGUAUCUGUUACACUAUACGGAGGGAGCGAUCCCAUUGUAUCUGUUACACUAUACGGAGGGAGCGAUCCCAUUGUAUCUGUUACACUAUACGGAGGGAGCGAUCCCAUUGUAUCUGUUACACUAUACGGAGGGAGCGAUCCCAUUGUAUCUGUUACACUAUACGGAGGGAGCGAUCCCAUUGUAUCUGUUACACUAUACGGAGGGAGCGAUCCCAUUGUAUCUGUUACACUAUACGGAGGGAGCGAUCCCAUUGUAUCUGUUACACUAUACGGAGGGGGCGAUCCCAUUGUAUCUGUUACACUAUACGGAGGGAGCGAUCCCAUUGUAUCUGUUACACUAUACGGAGGGAGCGAUCCCAUUGUAUCUGUUACACUAUACGGAGGGAGCGAUCCCAUUGUAUCUGUAACACUAUACGGAGGGAGCGAUCCCAUUGUAUCUGUUACACUAUACAGAGGAGGCGAUCCCAUUGUAUCUCUUACACUAUACGGAGGGAGCGAUCCCAUUGUAUCUGUAACACUAUACGGAGGGAGCGAUCCCAUUGUAUCUGUAACACUAUACGGAGGGAGCGAUCCCAUUGUAUCUGUUACACUAUACGGAGGGACGAUCCCAUUGUAUCCCAUUGUAUCUGUAACACUAUACGGAGGGAGCGAUCCCAUUGUAUCUGUUACACUAUACGGAGGGAGCGAUCCCAUUGUAUCUGUAACACUAUACGGAGGGAGCGAUCCCAUUGUAUCUGUUACACUAUACAGAGGAGGCGAUCCCAUUGUAUCUGUUACACUAUACGGAGGGGGCGAUCCCAUUGUAUCUCUUACACUAUACGGAGGGAGCGAUCCCAUUGUAUCUGCAACACUAUACGGAGGGGGCGAUCCCAUUGUAUCUGUUACACUAUACGGAGGGGGCGAUCCCAUUGUAUCUGUUAGACUAUACAGAGGGAGCGAUCCCAUUGUAUCUGUUACGCUAUACGGAGGGGGCGAUCCCAUUGUAUCUGUAACACUAUACGGAGGGACCGAUCCCAUUGUAACAGAUACAAUGGGAUUGCUCCCUUCGUAUAAUGUAACAGAUACAAUGGGAUUGCUCCCUCUGUAUAGUGUAACAGCGUAG